AAGAAGAAAAAACCGGAACCCGCACACAACAGGAACCUUUGAACAAACGCUGCAAAACUCGGAUUUGUUUAUUGGUGACACCUGGGGAACAGCUGUUUUGUUGGUCGACUGUCAUUAGCUAGCUACAGACAACUUACUGGCUAACUUAACGUUAAUCAAAGUAUAUUACUGGUUUCUGCCUUGUACAAUUCAAAGGUUGAUUGGAGGGCUGUUGCCAUGGAGCCUGCCUGCCGUAAAGACAAGCCAAAGCUAAACUCUACACCGACCAGAGGAGACCGAGCCAAACAGAAGUCGGCACAGCAAGAGCUCAAACAACGACAGAGAGCAGAGAUUUAUGCCUUGAACAAGGUGAUGACAGAGUUGGAACAGCAGCAGUUUGAGGCCUUUUGUAAACAGAUGCAAUCACAAGGAGAAUGAGUCCCACCUUACUUUUUCAUCUGGACCAGGAAGCGGUCACCCUGCAAAAAACACCAUGUACCGAUAUACAAUCACACACACUUAUACUUACGCUGAUGCUUGAUGAGACAAUCUUUCUGCUCCUGAUGUGUUAACGAUUCGGAUUCCUGACUCUGUAACCUGAAUAUGCUGGAGAGUAUUGUCAUAAUUACCUGACCUGAUUGGUAACUGAAAGCAUUGUGGGUAAAAUGUGGCCAAACAGGAACGGCUGUAAUCAGAGUUGCAUAUUCCCUACAAACACAUCAGGUCACUGAUAUUUCCUUUUGCAUAAAUAUCUACCUUUUGUUAAAUGGUUAAACUGGGCGUUAAAAAAAGCUUUAAAACUUGGGUAUCAUCCGCCCAUCACGUCUCAAGUCGGAAAUACAUUGUACUGUAAGCUUCUUUUGAUUGAUUGAAAUUUACUUUGAACGUGUAAAAGAAAACAAAGGGUCAUACAGAAAAUAAUACACAAAAUAGAAAGCAUAUUGAGACACAUGAAUGACAAACACAAUGAUUUUUUUUUUUUUUUUUUAAAUGUCUGAAAAAGGAGUGGGAAAAAGUUCACUUAUUUAAUCACACCUUCUCCAUAUAUAAUUGUUGACAAGCUUCCUCAGUCAUUUUUUUUAACCUCAUCCAAAUAUAUCAUUUUACUUACCGCGUAUCUUACAAAAGAUCCCAUUUUUUCCCUCCUAUUUCUCAUAACAUUCAUAUCAAAAUCAAAUAUUUAUUAUUUCUUGCACAUUCUUGAAGUUUUCACAUCCAGUGUGCUUCUGAUUUCCAACUACCAACAGCAGAACAAGAGGUUGUUUUUUUUAAUGUUUUUUACAUAUUGCCCUUUAAUAUGCCAGUGUUAAUGGUGCUCAUUUUGAACACUAUCUUGUGAACAACAAUGUAUGCAGUGCCACCUGGCCUGUACAUAUUUAAUAUAGCAUUUUAUUGUCGCAUUCACGUUUUGCAAUCCAAACAACUUCUAUUUAUGACUGAUAACUGUAAAAUAUUUAUACUAAGUACAGUAUGGCAUCCACUUGCACUUGAGUUAAACAUUUUUGAUUGAAUGAAAAUAAAAGUGAGUUUAAAAA